AAACAUCCUCCCUCAAUUACCUCUCUCGGAAAUGAGUUGUUCGAGUUUCAGAAGCUUCACAUUAACGAUUCUGAUUGCCAUUUUAGUAUGGAGUUCUGCAACUCAUCACACUUGCAAUGCAAGAAGAGGCAGGCAUUGGAGAAAUCCGUCGAGUUCACUGUCCAAGAAGAAAUCCGGCAACCACCACCACAACGGCGGUGGCGGUGGCGGUGCUGGUAAAUCUAAAUCAAAAUCGAAAUCAUCUUCUCAUUCUCAUAAAACACCACCGUCAAAAGACGCAGAUACAUACAAUGUGUUGAAUUUUGGCGCCAAAGGCGAUGGAACUAGCGAUGAUACAAAGGCAUUUGAAGGUGCUUGGGCAGCUGCAUGUAAAGUGAAGGGAUCAAAAAUCAUUGUGCCAUCACCAUACAAGUUCCUUGUGGGCCCCAUUACCUUUUCUGGUCCUUAUUGCCAGCAAAACAUUAUUUUUCAGGUUGAUGGUACCAUAAUUGCUCCAUCAAACUUCAAAUCCUAUGGAUCAGGGCUAUUUCAAUGGAUCUUGUUCACAAAACUAGUAGGACUCACCAUUCAAGGUGGAGGUACCAUCGACGGCAGUGGUUCAAUCUGGUGGAAAGAUUUUCCGGCCAACGAUCCGUUCGAUGAUCAACUCAAACUAAUAGCCCCCACCAACGGCACAAUCAAUCAAACCUCCCAUUCUUCGAUAAGCGACUCGCUUGGAGGGAAAAUGCCAAGCAUAAAGCCAACUGCAUUGAGGUUUUAUGGGAGCUUUGAUGUAACGGUCACGGGCAUAAAGAUUCAAAACAGCCCUCAGUGUCACCUGAAGUUCGACAAUUGUGUGGGAGUCUCAGUAUAUGACUUCAGUGUCUCGUCUCCUGCUGAUAGCCCGAAUACAGACGGGAUUCAUCUACAGAAUUCUAAGGAUGUCUUGAUCCACACCACCGAUCUCUCGUGUGGAGACGAUUGUGUUUCUAUACAGACCGGAUGUUCAAACAUAUACAUACACAAUGUGAAUUGCGGACCAGGUCAUGGGAUCAGUAUCGGAGGUUUAGGAAAAGAAAACACGAAAGCUUGUGUCUCGAAUGUCACGGUUCGAGAUGUUGUGAUGCAUAACACCAUGAAUGGUGUCCGAAUCAAAACAUGGCAGGGUGGAUCAGGGUCGGUCCAAGGAGUAAUGUUCUCAAACAUUCAAGUUUCCGAAGUCCAAUUACCCAUAGUAAUCGAUCAAUUCUACUGCGACAAAACCACCUGUAAAAACCAAUCAUCUGCAGUCGCUUUAUCGGGGAUCACCUACGAAAGGAUCAAAGGAACCUAUACAGUCAAACCGGUGCAUUUCGCGUGUAGCGACAGCAUGCCGUGCACCGAUGUGAAUCUAAACGGUAUAAACCUAAAACCAGUUCAAGAACGGUACCAUCUAUAUGACCCAUUCUGCUGGAAGACGUUUGGAGAGCUGGUAUCGCCAGCGGUGCCGCCGGUCGAGUGUCUACAAAUCGGGAAGCCAUCAAGCAGCCAUGUGCAGGCUGAUCAUGAUACAUGUUAAUGAAGGCAGGCCUUCAACAAAAUGCAUAUUCUUUGUAGUAAUUAAUGCAUAGAUUAUAUACAGAUAUGUUAGUAGUGUUGUAAGAUGUUGAUACCAUGGCUGACAGCUAUGGUGUCAUAUAUGGAGAUAUAAGUGUUUGUUUUUGGUUGUGUGAGAUAAAUAAAUCAGAAAUUUCUUCAGAGUUAUAUA